GCGGCAGACUUUGUUAUUGUCGGCAAGAAUUUAUAUUCGUCAUUUCCAGCUGACCGAUCGAACGAAUUGCUGAUAACAAGAUUUGUAAAAUAUCACCUUUUUCUUUGAUAGAUCAUCGUUGUGAUAAUGAAGGCUGACCAAGCAUGACUGAUAUAUUACGUGUGACUCUUCUGGAUGUAUGCCAUGGCAUGCGGGAUGCUGUGCUUGGUUCUCUCUUCGUCUUUCGGGUCGAUGCCGAGAUGGAGAAGAUUCAAGAGGAGAUGAGGAAGAAAAGGGAGGAGAAGAUGAUGGAAGCUAGACGAAGACCACUUCCUCAGAGGGAAAAGAAACAAGAGGAGCCUAAGGUCAUGCAUCGGAUCCUGCAGUGCUGUGCUCUGAAUGUAGGGGUCUUCUGGCUUAGCUUGAUAGUCUUCAACAAUGUGCUGCUGCCCCUGCUUCAGUGGGUGACUACUUUCAUUGCAGGUGCGGCCGGGUCCGAGAACCUUGUUUGGUCAUGGAUGAAACCUAUGCUGUCAUAUACGUUCAGUGCAUUCUGGGUACUUCCCCUGUUUCUACUCAGCAAGGCGGUCAGUGCACUGUGGUUUCAAGACAUAGCAGAUCUUGCUUAUAGAAAGUCAAGAGGCAGACCACAGCUACCAAGCUUGAGCAGGCUCAUAGCUGAUCUUCUAUUCAGUGUUCUUAUACAGAUAUUAUUUUUACUACAGAGCAUGGUGGUUAGCUUAGUACCAAUUAAAGGAGUGAGUCAGUUCCUGAGCAUGUUUCAUCUUUCGCUUCUCAACGCUCUCUAUGCAUUCGAAUACAAGUGGUUUAAUAUGGGAUGGGAAGUGCACACAAGGAUAGCUUACAUCGAGACCAAUUGGCCGUACUUCUUAGGGUUUGGUCUACCUCUAGCCCUCAUCACAUCGCUGCCCAAGUCCUACUUUGUGAGUGGUUGCGUAUUCUCCACAGUCUUCCCUCUCUUCAUCAUCAGUGGCAAUGAAGCCCAGCCUCCACCCAAGGCAUGUGACUUCCAAGUUCGUAUAUUCUCAUUCGUUGUGGGCGUGGCCAACAAACUAUUCUACCGGACUGUGAAAGGACCAAUCAAAUCGUCUCGGAGUCGAUGAAAACAAUUGCUGUGAUUGGGACAUUAUCUCUGUAAUCCAAGUUUUCUACGGAUACAGCAAUUUUUUGUUUGUGACGUAUAGCAAGUACUGAAAAGAAUGCCAUGUCGUUGACACUAACAGCGAUAAUGCUGCAAUUAUCAUAUUCUACCCGGGAGCAUUUUUAAAGGUAGAGCAAGAGAAAGGGGACAUGUUAGACAGCCUCAGAGAUUAUGGGACUAUUGAUCUUUCUAACUGCAUGCACCAGGGGGGCGUUUCACAAAACUUGUCAUCAGUGAAAAAUGACAGUUUUGGUUAUAUGCUACUGAAAUCCUUGCUUCUGAUUGGUUAUCAGCAGAUUUGUCACUGAUUUUUGUCAUUUGUCAUUGAGAGAAGGCUUUGUGAAAUGGGUCCCUGGUGAUGAAAUAUGCCUGUAAUUACUUGCCGAUACUUUUGCUGUGGUAUACUGUAGGACAUACACUAUGGCUUGUCCUACCUAACUCGUAAUAUAUGCAGUUUGCAUUCUGACUAUUGAAAUAUGAUAAUUGUAACUGGUGAAUUGAGUAAUGUGUAACUAGGCACUUAAAGGUAAUACAAAGUUUUGGUAUGUUGUCAUGAAUUUGGUUCAAAUGAACAUAUUGGAAGCAUAUGCAUCCUACAAUAUUCAGUG